AUGCUUGAGGCUUAGAUACAUAGUUUGUCAAGAUUAAAUUUGCCACGUUUCAUUUAAUCUAUUCAUAAACACUGACACGUGCAAGGUGAGGGGCGUUCAGGACGAGGGCGUCAGGGUGCUAAUACAUUUUACAUUUAAUUUUAAUACAUUUAAUACAUUGGUUAAUACAUUUUAUAGUGAAACCACAAAUGUUGCUCUCUUUUCUGCUGUCUUUUUUUGCGGGUCUAAAACUUUUGUUUGCAAGUUGAAAAGUUUUGCUUACGACUUAAGCCGUCUCUCAGUAGGCGGUCUCUACCCACCAGGAUGAAAGGCCUUUUUCUUUUGGUCACCCUCGAUUGAAGUCACAGGUUGACCACGCCCACUCUGUUUCCCCCGGAAACCCCACCACUGGCCCUGCAGUCUGACAGAAGAGCCAGUGAGGUUAUAUCAUGACAAACAACGGGUCGUGUACUGGGUAAGAUAACUAACUUAACAUCUUAAACUCAGUGACAAGUGAACUUAAUUAUUAUCUUCUCUCAUGCUCUCCCAUCUAAAUACGUAACGUUAGCUAAGCCCAUUGUAGAUUUGAUAAGCCAACAGUAUAGCUAGCUCCCAGAACCCCCAAUAGUAAAGCGGAGGACAAUAUUUUUAGAUUAUAGAUUUUAGAUUAUAGAUUGUUAUAGCUUCAGUGAAGUAAGGUGAGUAAUGGACAUCAAAUAACUAGCUCAUUUGGCAUUCAGUUUUCUAAAAACAACGAUUUAGGACCGAUGUCUGUAAAUUCUGACCUCACCCUAGUCUACAGAACUGUGUAUUGUGCAUUUUAAUAACAGGUUUGUUUGUAUCUUUAAGACCUGUGCAGUGACAGUUGCAAAACGUAUUACUUCAAUAGUAAGGACUGAUAUUCAGGACUUGUCAGCCAGUGCCACUGUAGCCUUGCAAAGACUUUGCUUUGAAGACCUUUUAAUGAACUAACUUCCACAUUUCAAUAUGCCCCUGACUCCCUAACCCCUACUCCAAACAGCGUAGAAUUCUAUUAGUGCAACAUCACAUUUUUCUUUUCUGUUUGCAGGAAUAAGAUUUGGUGUUGAUGGAGGAAGCACCAAAUACAAUGCAAAACCUUAGGCCUGAUGCAACAUCAUCCAAUGUCGCAAUCACCCUCAGGAGACACCAGCCUGCAGCAUCGCCCAGUGGCCAGUCGGCAGUACUGCACUGUUUCCAACAGUGGAGUUGAGCGACGCACCUCUGCCCCUCCAAUCAGUAUUGAGUCUCCUCGUUUUCACCCUCGGGCCAAAGGCAAAAAUAUCCGACUGGAUGCACAACUGCGCCGGGCCACCCGGAAGAACAGCUUCUGCAAUGGCAUCACCUUUAGCCAGCGUCCUGUGCGUCUGUAUGAGAAGGUGCGGUUGCACCUCUCAGGUGUUCACACAGGCUGGAGCGGAGCUCUACGUUUUGGUUUCACCAGCUUAGACCCUAGCGAGCUUGCCAUAGCUGAGAUUCCCAAAUAUGCUUGCCCUGACCUGGUGACGCGGCCAGGAUAUUGGGCCAAAGCCCUGCCUGAGAGGCUGGCCACGCGGGACAAUGUUGUGGCCUUCUGGGCUGACCGACACGGCCGGGUCUUCUACAGCAUCAAUGAUGGCGAGCCUAUCCUCUUCCACUGCGGUCUCAGUGUUGGCUGCCCGCUCUGGGCCAUCAUAGACAUCUAUGGAAUCACUCAAGAAGUUACUUUACUGGAGAGCACAUUUGCUGAGAGCGUGGGCACGAGCUGUCUGAGUAGCGCUCGACUCAGUGCCUAUCUUCCCCAAAGCAACCACGACUCGGCCAACUACAGCAACAACCAGCUAGAGAGCAACCAGGCCGCGGCAGCAAAAUUUGCUACGCUACAGCUCAGCAACUACAACCAGAUCAUCCCCUGCUGCUCCACUUCCACAACUCCCUCUUCAUCCACCUCCUUCAAUGUACAAAGGGCCGCCCGCGGGCUCCCCAUGCCCCUUGAUGCUGACCUGCAUUUUCACCCAGUGCGAGGCCCUGACGUGGUUCUCUCGAACGAUCGCACGGUUGCAUGUACACACUUCCUGGACAGCAGCAGGACGUUGAUGUUCAGUGACAGGCCCGUCCGGGUGGGCGAGACGCUGUAUGUGGAGGUGGGCCAUCUGGGCUUGCCUUACUUUGGGGCUCUUCUCUUUGGUAUGACCUCCUGUGAUCCAGGCACUCUCAGUGCUGGAGAGCUGCCAGCUGACCCAGAGGUGCUUCUGGACCGCAAGGAGUAUUGGGUGGUCUACAGGGGUUUUCCUGUACCAGCGGCAGGCGAUGUGCUCAGCUUUACCUUUCUGGCCAAUGGGGAGGUGCAUCAUGGAGUCAACGGAGGGACACGCGGUCGUCUCCUGUGUGUCGACUCCUCUCAGGUUCUGUGGGCCUUCUUCACACUGCAUGGAGCCGUGAACCGGCUCAGAAUAUUAGGAACUGUUCAGGCCAGCCCUCCCACCUCCCCAUUAGUGUCUCAGGCUUCAACGCCUGAUGAUAGUGACUCUGAUCUGGCUUUCACUGUCAACAGAUCCUCAUCAGCAUCUGAAUCCUCUCUAGUGACGGCUCCCAGCUCUCCUCUCAGUCCACCGGUUUCGCCAUCUCUUUCUGCAUCUGACACAGCCCUGAGCAGCAAGAGCAGUGAGUGCACAGUGUGUUUCGAUCAGGAGGUGGACACCGUCGUCUAUACAUGUGGACACAUGUGUUUGUGUAAUGACUGUGGACAGAGGCUCAAGAGACAGAUCAACGCAUGUUGUCCGAUCUGUCGGAGACCUAUAAAGGAUGUCAUAAAAACCUACAGACCAUGAAGGGACUAACACAUUUUCUAUCAAAUUAUUCAGUAAAAACCUUGGUAGCUGUGGUUUAAUAUCUGGACUAAACCUGUAUUUAAGACUGUGUGUGUAGCUUUGAUUUAUGUAGCAUUAAGCUCUUGUCCAUAUCUCUUUCACCUCAUACAUUAACGGUCAGAAGUUUGGGAUCAGUAAGACUUGUAAUGUUUUUAAAGAAGUCUCUUAUGCUCUUCAAGGCUAACUUUAUUUGAUCAAAAAUUCAGAAAAAAGAGUAAUCUUGCAAAAUGUUGUUACAAUAUAAGCUAUUGGUUUCCAUUUUAAUAUCCUUUAAAAUAUAAUUUAUUUCUGAGAUGCAAAGCUGAAUUUCCAUCAGCCAUUACUCCAAUAAAAAGUGUCACAUGAUCCUUAAAGGGUUCGUUCACCCAAAAAUGAAAAUUA